AUGAAGGAGCUUGAUUCCCCAAGUCUUGGUGGUUCCAGACCAGUUGAUUAUCACGGAACGAGCUUUCAAUGGUUUGGCAUUGUCCACGGUGACAAUUCCGGAGACUCGGUCUCCCGGAAGAUAAGUUUUCUUGGGAUUCUCGUCGAAGGUGAUGGUUGGUUUGAAGAAGAACGACAUUCUGGAAAUAAAGUGUUUUUCACAGAAGAAGAAGGAAGUUGUGAGCAGUUUUAA